GAUUCUUAGAAAACAAGCAGAGGAGCAGCCGUAGAUUCUCCCCCGUCCAUAAAUACAGCCUCGCGCCCACAGAGCUUCCACAGAAUUCUCGAUCAUUCUCCUCCUCAAAGCCUCGAAGCCUCAAACCCCAUUUUCUUCUUCAUCUCCAUCCCUUCUGCAACUCCCAUUCAUCUUCUCCGUUCUUCCCCUCAUGUCUCGCAGAGCCCUAGAUUCCCGCGAAUCGAUUCACUCCUGUACUCUCAAGCUCCAUGGUUGGAGGCCCUUCCAGCUGCCCAAAGCCCUAGAUUCCGAUGCCCAUACUUCCGCUCCCACAAGCGCUAAACCCUACUACUCAUCCAGUGGCCUGCACACCAAGCGCCCUUGUCUCUCCGAUCGAACUACCUCUUUCAAUGUCGACGCUAUUGACAUGUCGGGCCUGAGUUUGAUUGACGACGACAAGCCUUCUAUUACGGCAGGAGGCAGUUACUCGCGUCCGAGCUUCCAAUUGAUAGCUAGGAAGCGGCGGCGGCGGCGGCGUGGAUCGAGGUCGGUUUCCGGGCGGAGUACUGAUCGAAGCGGGACGAGACGAUGCUGCUCUGUUGGGGCUUCGGCUGCUCAUGGAACCUGCUCGGACUUUCCUAUGGCAGUUGGCACGGAUUCGAGCGGUGAGUUGUUUGUGAAUGGGGAUGCGAAUUGGUCGUCGGAUGUGAGUGAAGCGAAGAAUUCGAGGAGGAGGGAGAGAGAGGAGAAGGAUCAAUUGGGUUCUGGGUUUGGUUCUUCUAAUGGGGGUUUUGAUGCUCAGGGGAACGAGUCUGGCUAUGGUAGCGAGCCUGGUUAUCGUGGAGAUGGUGAAUUCGGGUAUGGUGAUGAGAUCGACGAGGAGGAUGAGGAUGCCAGAUUGCUGCUGUGGGGUGAACGACUAGGAGAUUCUAGAGUAGAAAUUGUAGGAGAGAACACAUUUACAGAUCAGAAAUCACACCAUAGAUGUCGACGUAAGAAGCACGAAUGUGGAAUGGUCGAUUCCCUAAGGUGAAGCAAUCAUCGAAAAGAGGCAAUGAUGAACACUGUGAAUACUCCUGAUGCUGUUGAUGGUUCCUACCUGCUGGUAUGCCUCUGAGACCUGAAAUUUUGAACUGCAAAGUAAAGGUUCCCCAGUUUUGAAAGUGCUUAAAUUGCAGUUUACAGCAUCUGGAUUGUUGAUGUUUUUGUAGAUAGAUCUAUCGCUGUCAUGAACUCUAUAACACUACCUUUGAUGCAUCUACAGGGAAUAAAACAGAAUCCCACUGUCGAAUUAUCUUGAAAUGUUCUCAAAUUAAGAAGUUAACUCUUUUGUAUGUCUUGACAGAGCUGUGAAACAAAAAAAAAAAGGUUCGAAUUCUUCUUAAGUCAGCUUCGUAUAGACAACUCUGUGUAUGA